CAUGAACAUUUCAAUGUCAAACAAUGUUUUGCACAUGUUUGCAUGCUGUAACUCUCCUGGAGAGAACACAGGAGUCAUCCACUUGGCACAAACACAUCACAACGGAGAGAGCUGGAAAGAUUGAACAGCGAUGGAUAAGACAGGAUUGGUGAUUUUGCUGCUUCUCGCGAUAUUUACUCUUUCAUCAAGUAUUUCUAGAGGAUACCACCACGUUCAGCUGAAGACAACCUGGAGCGGAGCUCAGAGCUACUGUAGAGCACAUUUUAUCGACCUGGCGACCUUUGAGACUGAAGAGGACUGGGAAUUAGGGAAAAAAAAAAUGGAAGGCUAUGAAUCGUAUUUAUGGAUGGGACUGCAUUAUGAACGUAAUGCUUGGAGGUGGUCCCUGGACAGCACGUAUCUCUACGGGUUUGAUGGCCACACUGAAUUUGGAGACUGGUUUGUUUUUCAAGUCCACAACUAUGGAGGCUCACAGGUGUGUGUGAAAGUGACUGGGGGCAUCUUAAGUGACCUGCCAUGUACAAAUGAACUCAGCUCCGUGUGCUAUGAUGAGCCUAACAAUAAGUACAUCCCAGUUACUGUUCCUAUGACCUGGUUGGCAGCCCAGAGUUACUGCAGGGAGAAAUACACAGACUUGACCAGCAUGAGAAACCAGCAAGAGAAGGAGGAGAUCAUGAAGGUGACUGAUGAGUCAGCGUGGUGGAUUGGUUUGUACAGAAAGCACUGGAAUUGGUCCGACCGGAGUGUCUCUUCACUCAUUUUGUGGAAAACAGGCGAGCCUAAUGGCGGUGCAUAUGAACAGUGUGUAGUUUGUAAUUCGGUAGGUUGGGCUGAUGUUAACUGUGGACGGCAGUAUGAAUUCAUCUGUAUGGUCCCAGUGAUGAAGCUGUUGACGGUGGAACUGAAGUGUGACGCAUCCUUGGACCUGAAUGAUCCUACAGUGCAGGAGAACGUUCUGAACCAAGUGGAGAAACGUAUGCGGGACCAUGGGAUCCAUCCCAAGUUCACACUGAGAUGGAGGAUUCCACCAUCUAGAAAAACUGGUUGAACCGUGACUGUAAAAGCUGUUUUCCUUCUCGUACAACAACACAGUCUCUGCUAAACUCUGAAAUAAUGAGCUACAUAUUUAAAAGAUUUAAAUCUAGACCAAUUAUGUACUUGUUUUGUGUUUAAGUGGAACUUUAAUUAGUGUUCUUCGUAUUGUACGUGCCAACCUUAUUUUUAGUUUGACAAAAAACUCAAAACCCUGUUUUAUAUCACUGAACAACAAUGCAUGCAAAUUGUGUUUUUGCUCAUUGUUAAUGAAUGCAUGGGGGGGAGAUGGUCCAUUUCAAGAAGAUAAAUUAGGGAUGGUAGAUCACUGUGCCACCAUUGAGUCUGUGGCUCAGUCAGGAUUAAACUGUUGUACACAGAGGUGGUUACUCCUUUCAAAAACCCAUAAAACAAAACAUGCUUUCCUCUAUUUUGCUUUAAAUGUUUAGCUUAAUGUGGAACAUACUGUAGACACCAACAGGACUCAUGCAAAGCCAACCAGUGAAGAGUGAAGAGCAAGAGCGUGUGAAAAAAUCUCUGUGCGUAUUUCUGGAUAGGCCCGUGAGGAAACAGCCAUUUUCCUUCUUUGUACUCAAGACAUGUGGCAGUUUUGAGACUCAAAUUGUGCUUUAAAGGUUUUAUUAACUCUUGGUGUUGAAUUCAUCAUUAUCCUUUUGGUGUAAUUAUACAUUAUUGUGAAGGAAGAUGAAAGAUAGAAGAAGUCCAAGAUACAGGGUUAGCUCUUCUGUUCUUUAGGAAGAUCAAUCGUUAUGGCAUUCUUACUUUUCUUAUU